GAGGCUAACAGCUCCUCGAUUCUGUUGUCUCUCGUUUGUUGGCGAUGUGCAUUAUGCUGCUUUUAGAGGCGCACGCUUUACGGGGAGAUUUUUUUCAUUAUUACAUUUCAUUUACAGCAACAACGUUCAACGUGGCGUUGGCCAAAAGGACCUAAAAGAUUUUUUACGCUGUGGUUCAUAGAACGAUUUGCCUUGACUCGAAACAACAUCUUUCAACGACCGGUCGUAGCUCUUGGCAUGGUGUUGCGAGGAAACACGGGCUGUGUUUGGUGUUGCUGGGCACUGGCCCAGCCCUGAGAUGCUUGGCCCUCUCCCCUGGUGCCCGUCUCAGGGAUGAGGACCAUCCUUAUCCUCUUCCUCUUCGCUCUGUCUGUCCUGUGCACAACUGAGAGUGUGUCUGGGAAGACUGUGAAAGAUACGGUGCAAGAAUGGAACAACUACAGAAACGAGUGUAUCCACAAGAUAAGCAUAGAACCCACCACCUCAGGUGUCUUCUGCCAUCGUAUGUUCGAUAUGUACGCCUGCUGGCCAGAUGCAGCACCCAACACCACAGUUAAAGUGCCCUGUCCAUGGUACCUACCCUGGUAUGACCAAGUAAAACAUGGUUAUGUUCUGCGAGAGUGCAGUUCAGAUGGCCAGUGGGCCACCAACAGCACCAGUCGGACCUGGAGGGACCAUUCACAGUGUAGUGCAGAUGGCAGCCAGCAGACUGCAGAGGAGACCCAAAUGAUGGUUUUGGCCUAUUUCCGGGUGAUGUACACUGUGGGCUAUUCGCUGUCUCUGAUCAGCCUCUCUCUGGCCCUCGUCAUCCUGCUCCUCUUCAGGAAGUUGCGGUGUACACGGAACUACAUCCACACCAACCUGUUUGCCUCAUUCAUCCUGAGAGCUGUGUCCAUACUCACCCGGGAUGCCCUCCUUACCAGGGACACACCUGAGUUCAAGGACAACCAAGAUGUGUCUAACAUCCUCAGUGACCAGGCCCUGUCAGGUUGCCGUGUGGCCCAGGUCAUCAUGCAGUACUGUGUUGGGGCCAAUUACUACUGGCUGUUAGUGGAGGGACUUUACCUGCACAAUCUACUGGUCCUCAUGGUUUUCUCUGAGCACAGCUACUUCUGCGGGUACCUCGUCAUUGGAUGGGGCACCCCACUCUUGUUUGUCAUUCCCUGGAUAGUGAUGCGGUACCUAUAUGAAAACACAAGGUGCUGGGAGAUCAAUGAAAACCUGGCAUACUGGUGGAUCAUCCGCACACCAAUACUAUUGGCUAUUUUAGUGAACUUUUUUAUAUUUAUAAGGAUCAUACAAAUUCUUGUGUCCAAAUUAAAAGCACAUCAGAUGAGGUACAGCGACUAUAAAUUCAGGUUGGCCAAGUCAACCCUGACUCUCAUUCCCCUGCUGGGCAUCCAUGAGGUGGUGUUUGCUGUGAUGACAGAGGAACAGACAGAGGGCACGCUCCGCAACGUCAACCUCUUCUUUGAACUCUUCUUCAACUCUUUUCAGGGAUUUCUGGUGGCCAUACUGUACUGUUUUGUCAAUAAAGAGGUGCAGUCUGAGAUCAAGAGAAAGUGGCAUCGUUGGAAGCUUGGUAUAAGUGUGUUGGAUGACCAGCGGAACACUGGCAGCCACACACAGCAAGGGGGCGCUGGAGGGCCCCAUUGUCACCACAACCCGCCUUGCCAGCCCGAGUGUCCCCAGGUGUCCAGGAACAACCACUUGUCUCAAACAUCUGCCCCAUCUCAGCAAACGUGCCCACUCCACCUCCACCCUGGGGCAAAGAAGGGCAAGGCCUACUACUACAUCUCCGCCCGCAAGCAGGUCCUUGGCUGCUUGAAUGGGCAGUCGGCCAGCCGUGAUGAUAGGGACGGCACAGCCAAAUACUCAGAGAGCUACUGCUGACGGCAAAGGGUUAUCCAUCCAUCUACAUGGAAUUAAAGUUAACUUUAUUGGCUUCUAUCGAGAUCAACAGGGUGACUAUUCUUGAAGGUGGAUAAUGUCUGAAGCCAUCAGUAGUAAAGCUAUUUGUUCAGGGAUGAAGUGUUUUUUUUUUUUUACAGAGGACCUGUGAUGUCUGUGAAGUGGAUGUUUUAUGUGUGUUUUCAAAUGGCCCACAAAGUGACACAUUACAUGCGCAGUAGAACAUCUGCGAUUCAGAGCUGGAUCACACUUAAGAUACUUUGGAAGUGGACACAUGAAAUUCACAUUAAUUUCUUCCAUCCUUUUUUAAUUUUUUGGUUGCUUAUGUUCUACCUCUUGACCUGGUUUUACACAUCACUGAUGAAGUCUGUUACGUGCCAACAUGCUAUGCUGAAAACAUAAUGACCAAGUUUAAAUGAAUGGAACUGUAUGGGCUCGUGAGGAAUACCAGUACAAAACGAACCACAAGACAAAAGACUGAGGGGCCAAAUGAGCUGUGUAGUCACAGACUGGUCGUUCCCACUUUUGAAACACACAUCUCAGCACACAGCACCAGUCUGUAUCAGGAACCCGCCGACUACGCAGGAACUCUCCUGCUCCUCCUGACGAGACACACUCAGUUCCCCAGCACGGUAGGAGGGCUGGUUUUUUUUCCCCGCCUUUGAGUGCACCCAGGUGGGGUUUUUUCCAUAUUCUUUGUCUGUUCGCAAUGGUGUCCAAGCACUUGUAGUGCACGAUUUCUAUUCCUCUUUCCAUUUAAAGACAAAAGGAUGGAAGGGACAUGUGGAGAUGGAGGAGAACUGAAGAAGUUCAGCCUUAAAUCCCCAGGUUCUCCCCUGCAUAGAUACCUUAAUUAUUACUGCAUUAUGUAGCACGCCUUUUCAAAGUAGACCAGAGGACACUAACCAUGACCUCCUCUGGCCUUAACCAUGUGGUAACUCUUUUGCUGUUAUAUUCUAUGGGAUAGACAUUUUCAGGGGAAUGCAUAUUGGGUUGUUGUUGUUAUGAAUUUUAAACCACACUGUUUUCUGGUGUUUAAAAUAUAACAUGUCAAAAAAUACAACAGCAACCUCAUCACACUGUCAUACCAUGUAUCAAGGCUUCAGGAGUAUUCCACAAAACACCAGGGCAACUCAUUUUUUACUUGCAUAUAGACAGGUACCCCAAAUGAAUGGUGUAUUCUCAUGACACAAAACGCACUUCUUUUGAAAGAAAAUCCACAGUAGUCAUAUAUUUAUAUAAUGUGCUCCAUUCAUCUUUUUGUCAAUAAAUUUCCUUGACACAAAAUGCAAAUAAGUAACACAGUGAAAAUAACAAAGAAAAUUGUGUUUUAAUUAUUGGCAGUUUCUUUUUUUGUCCUGCGCAUUUUAUUGGCUAUAAUGAGCUGUGCCUUUAAGAGCACAUUGCUUAUUGGUCCUAGCAGCUGCACCUGUGUAUGUUGGUGGGAUUGGAGAAAGUCAAUCAGUCUCUUUCUUGUGUGGAACAAGUGUUGUGCUCCCUAUCUGUCUCUACCACUGCAAACCAUAAUGCAACUGCUUACAUAUGCCCUUGUGUUUUAUUUUCACUAGUCUGUAGUACAUGUAUGUCCAGGUUAGUGUGCCGUGGAGACCCGGCAUUACACAGUCGACGUUUUAUCAUUAAACUCCGCCCUAUGAGUACCGCCAACUCCAUUGUCCUGCCUCCUCCAUUGUCCUGCCUCCUCCAUUGUCCUGCCUCCUCCAUGGUGUUUUCUGUCUGCACUCUACGAAGCAAACACAUUACAACAUCAAGAUGUACAACCAAAGAAUAAACAUGGUUUUUUACUAGUGCUGUUUAAUUCCUCCCAAAGGAGACCAUCUUCACAGUUCAGUUUGUGUUUUUUAUGUGAUUUGAUUAUAAGCUCUUGAAGAUUCAUGCUUCAGCAGAAAAUCACUGCGCUGUUCCCUUUGUCCUAUUUUUUUUUUCACCGAUUUUGUUUUUGUUUUUUUGUCUUUGUUGUUGUUGUUUUACAAAGCAAACUUGUUUUUCUUGAAAUGCCAGUAUAACACAAAAGACAGAGACGUUUAAAAACGUGUCAACGAAUUACUGCAACUUCCUACUGAACGAAUGCUCACUUCCGAGGAAUUAUAGAAAAUAAAGUGUUAGGUUUUCAGUGUAACCCUGGGACAUCUCCCUGGGACAUUACAACUCCUUGAAUUCCUCUCUUUCUCAAGCUAAGAUGUGUCAAAAUGGGGCAAACCGAGAAUAUGAAGCCUUAAAGGCCCACUCUCAGCAAAUGCUCCAGUAGUUAUUGUACUCCACACAAGGGCCUGCAGUCAUCCCACACUUCUGUAUCAGGUGACCUCUAGUGGUUACAUGUAGAAAUAAAGACAUGUAUUGAGCCUUGGACUCAGAAUUCUUACAUCACUCUGACCUCUCAGUGCUAAUUUCAUUACAUCAGAGUAAAGCUUACACAUGUCAAAGUCCAAACCAUGUCUUUUUACAGCACAAAACAAAGAAGUGUUUUAGAAAUCCUGUAGUAAACACAUGCUAACGUAUGUAUGUCUGGAUUGAUACCCUACUGUUUCACCACAGUGGACAAACAUGGAAAGUUUUUGUUCUUGAACAUUCCACAGUCAUUUGCAUCAGAACAUAUAUCCAAAGUUCAAAACGCCAUCAGUUAGUAACAAAUAAGUCAGCAAUAUAUUGUAAAUAUGCACCUGAAUUGUAAAAUUUUUUAAAAAAUGCAGUCUACAAACACCACUAAGUACACUUAUUUAUAAAGGAUACUGUAAUUUGUCAGAUUGCACUUUUUAUUGGCAGAUAGAGGGUAUGUGUUUGGGAUGUCUUAUUCAGGUAGUUGAUCAUUUUGGACAGAGUCCUGACUCCAUACAUGCCUGGUGUGAGGUGCACUCUUCAUGUCAUGCCAUUCAGGUUUAGCUUAAGACACACAUCUGCUUGAAAGCAAUAUUG